ACAUACGGAAACCGCCAUUUGUAAUUAUGCCUCAGUGUUGUGUGCCAAUGUGUACAAAUCGAUCGGAAUUAAACCCUGAACUAUCUUUCUACAGAUUUCCAGCUGACGAUAAAGAGAAGAAGCACUGGCUGCAAGCAAUCAGACGCAAAGAUUUCACACCAACUUGUAACAGCAGAGUUUGUAGUUGGCACUUUCCCGAUGGAAAAUCUGCAGGACCCAGUAAAUUCAAAUGGAAUGAGAAAAACUCUUUCAUCUACACAGUUCCAGAGAAAAGGAAAAAGAGGAAACUGAAAAAAUUAGCUAAGGACAUCUAUGGUGGACAAGGACCUCUGGACAAUCCUCUUAUGCUUUUAGCCAGUGUUGCUGCUUCAGUUCAAGAGGACACCAGAAGUUCUCCAACUAGCUCAGUGUCAUUUGAAAUAUAAAGUGAUUUUCUUGAGGCCUAAAAUCCAAAAAGGAACUGGAAUUGCAGAAACAAAAACCUUUUCAUUUUGACAGAUGGAACAUGACCAAGUGUACUAUAACAUCAGUUUACCAGAUUCAACAAGUGUAAGAUUACUAUCUGAUCUACUCCAGAGGUUACUUUACAAUAGCAUAGUUCCUGUGAAGCUGUGAGCUUUGAUGAAACUGAAACUCAGUCUAGGACAUGUUGAUUUAGCCACAAGAUUCAACUGUAGUACAACUACUGUGACAAAUGUAUUCAUUACCAUUAUUAGUGCCCUGUAUCAAUUACUGUAUAUUGGUAUGAUGAGUAAAAUUGCAUGUUUUCCUCCUUCUCCAAAUUAUUGGACUGUACAGAAGUUACAGUAGAUCACACUGAGGAACUUGAUUCAAAGUCUAGUUAGCAACUAUAGAGGAAGAACAACCCUAAAAGCCUUGAGUGGCACCUAAUAGGGUCAUCACUUGUGCCAGUGAACUUUACAGUGGUAGUCUCUCUGACAAAGCAAUCACCUUCGAGUGUGGUAUCUUAGAUCAAUUAGAAGUAGAAGAUAUGAUAUUGGCAGACAAAGGAUUUACAAUUUGGAACUUGUUACAAGAGGUUAUUAACUAAAUAUUACAUCUUUUCUUGUGAAUGGUCAGUUCACCAAAGAACAACCCUGAACAAUAAACUAAUUUCAUCAGCAAGGAUAUACGUUGAAAGAUCCAUACAGAGGUUGAGAAGUUUCAGAAUUAUUAACCUUAUACCUUACCAGUAUAAAAAGAAUGGUAAUACAAUAUUAAAAAUUCGUGUGUGCUUAGCAAACUUGCACACACCCCUACUAUAUGUGACAUUGAAAAAAAAACAACACAUUUUGAUAAUACGAUAAAUAUGAGGGAAUGUAAACGUAUUUUUUAACUUCAUCCAUACCUUCAGUAUUAUGAUACUAUUCUUAAAUUUCUUGUUAAUUUCUAAUAUAUUAUAAUAUUAAUUUUAGGUAUCUAAAAGUAUGUUUGAAAACCACUAAACUGUAUUUCAUUUUUUAUUUAUUUUUUUUUAGACUGCUAGAGACAUCUACAAAGCUGCAUGAUUAUAUUUAAGUAGUAAGACUGUUCUAUAUAUUAUGAGUAAAACUAAACUAUAUAAGCAAUAUCAAUUUCACAUUUUCAGUUAUACCAAAUGUAAAGAACUUGUGUAUUUUGCUUUUUAUUACACUUACAAUUAAGAUAUUAUGCCUAAAUAUAAGUGAAGAAAACAAAGAUUAACUGGUGAUAUAAAAAAAUAGGGGGAGAAUUAUUUUAAUAACUUAGAAAUAAAGAAACUUGUUAAUUUCUUUAAACAGAGUAAUAUUUAUAAAAUACCAAAAUUUCUUCAAGUUCAUCAAACAUAUCAACUACAGUAAGUAAAUUAUUAAUCAAGAAAACAGAAAGGUAUAUUGAUAUUUGAUUGGUUGAAGUUAACAAUGGUUUAUAGUUCCCUGAAAGUGGGUAAGAUAGUUUUUGUUACUUCUUUACAACUUACCUUUAAAGUGAUCAAACAAUAUCACGAUUACCUUUUUUUAGAAAUUAUAAAGCAAUAUCAAACAUUAAUAUAGGUAUUCCACUACUUUUUGAUGUUUCUUUGAUUUCCAGUUAAUUCAUUGUAUUAUUUAUACCUGAUGGUGUCUGGUGAAGUGUUACACCAAACACAUAAUAUUGUUUCUCCAAAAUAAUUUUUAUAAGGACCCUGUUUUCUAUAUUUUAUCAAAAAUAUGUGUAGAAUAAAAACAGUAUUCUUUGAUAGCUUGUUUAGGCAGAGUAUUCAUGAUGAAACCUUGUAGAAUAGACAACAACUGCCUGUUGUAGCGACACGAGUAAAUAGGACGACAUUUUGAAAGUCUUCCACCUUUUGCCUUCCAUCCAUUCUCACUACCUCAUUUUAAAAUUUCAUGGCUCACAUUUCUGAUUUUUGCUGACAGAAUUUCAACAUUUAAAAGACACUCAAUUAUCAUAUUUUUCUAAUGUGGUAUCAAAUAUUGGAGUUAAUAGUAUUUGUUUUAUUACCAAUGCUAUUUUUUUUUGUUAUCAGUAUUAAUUACUACAAACAUUCCCUGAUGUAAUUCAAAGGUCGAUUUAAGUCGCACUAAGUAUUAACUGUCGUUACACUGUUUGAACACACUUGGAAAAAAAAAUAUUUUUGUGAAAAUCUUCUAUAAAUGGUAUGUUAGAAGCCAACAAAGGAUGUCUUUGAAUGUACAGAAGUAACUGCUCUGUUGGUGUUCACGCAAAGAUGUCACAUUUGAUAACUUCUGUAAUAUGACGGGCACCAGUCACUUCAUCUACAUAUAAGAAGUAUUUUUUCAAGGUUGCCACUUGAACUAGAGGUGUGGUCCUUUCAUUCUAUAGACACUUCAUCUCCAGUAAGUGGUCCCUGGUAACUUGGCCAUCUAGUGAGACACCCAACUGUCCACUUUUCAUGAUAAAUAUACCAAUGGGUCUCACUGCAUUACCAGUAUAUUUUGCUAAUGCUGUUUCUUCAUGAAUCAUUCCUCACUAGAUAGCCUAGAUUAAAAAUAUAAUUGCACUGUCCUGAUCAUCUUGUCACCAGGAGAUGAAAUUUAUAGCAAUACAAUAAAUAUUCUAUUGGAUUGAAUAUUUUUAUCGACAAAAACAAGAUGUGGCAACUUUGUUGUAAAAGGCUAUGUCAACUGUAUUAUACUGUACUAAUAAUUGAAUCUUCAAUUUUGUUAUUUUUACAGACCUGACACUUUUGUAAUGGUGUUUCAUAACAUUCGGUUUCAAAUAUAUUGCUUAACUUAAACUCUUAAUGCAAAACCCCUAUUCCUUAUAGCCUAGUAAAUAUACAGCAUAAUAUUCAUUAAUUUGCUAUGUACUUGUAAAUCCGAACUGUCCGUCAGCUUUAUUUACAAACUUCAUUUAAGUACAAUAACUUCAUCCCUUUUUACUACUACCAUAUUUAAUACAAUAAAAUUACUGUAGCUCUUUCUGUAGAUUCAUAUCCAACAUUUUCUAAAGGAAUGAUGAAAUGGAACCUCCUCUUAUGACUCCAAGAACUGAUCCAAUAUUACACGACGUGAGGUGAUUUUGCUUAUAAGCAAAUCUCGGUGGGAGAGAGAAUUGUAUUCAGUCACCUAACUGAUAUUUUAUAAUUUCUUUAUUUUUAAUUAUACCAAUAUUUAUAAUGAGACAGUUAAUUCUGUAUUUCAUUCUAUAACCUGUACAAAAUAAAAUCAUUUUGUACAUAAAUAACUACAAUGUAACAUAAACAUAAAGUUUUGUUGAUAAUAAAUGAAACGACUGUUCACCAGAAAGGAUUACUGCAUUGUCCAAUGGUUGCCCUUUCAAUGAUGAUUCUCUCAGUCUAGAUACAACUAUAAGACUCGCUCGUACUCACCAUUUUUUAUAUAUUUUUCCUACGUAGUAUAAA